AUGAAGGAACAAAUAAUACAACAUAUAUCGCGGAGGAGGCUAUUCACAGAAAACCAAGAAUACAACCAAUCUGACGUAUUGCUAUUCACCAUAUCUGCCUCGUUGAUUUGGAUUAUGAUUCCCGGGUUGGCAUUUCUUUAUUCCGGAUUAUCACGAAGAAAAAACGCCUUAUCUAUGAUCUGGAUCGUUUUUAUGUCGAGUUUUGUUGGUAUUUUCCAGUGGUACUUUUGGGGCUACUCACUAGCAUUCAGCGACACUUCAUCAAAUUCAUUCAUUGGAGAUUUACAUUUCUUUGGAUUCAAGAACUUGCUAGGCGCUUCAGCUUCUGACCUGGACUACCCUCAAAUUGCAUAUGCUAUGUUUCAGCUACAAUUUUUGCUUGUGACAUUGGCCAUUCUUGCGGGAGGAUGUAUCGGAGAGAGAGGAAGAUUCUUACCAGCAAUGGUAUUCUUGUUUUGCUGGGCAACUGUUGUUUACUGUCCUGUGGUUUAUUGGAUCUGGGGUGGUGGCUGGGCCAUGAACUACAAAUCAGGAGUCCUUGAUUAUGCUGGAGGUGGGCCUGUCGAGAUUCUUAGUGGUGCAUCGGCUUUUGUUUACUCCGCCUUCCUCGGAAAGAGAAACGAGACCCUCAUGAUCAACUACCGCCCUCACAAUAUCUCAACCGUAUUUAUGGGAACCAUUUUGUUGUACGUUGGUUGGUUAUUUUUCAAUGGAUUCAGUUGCGGGAAUGCAAGUAUAAAAGUGCCAUACUCCAUGUUAAAUACACAUCUAUGUGCAGCUUUUGGAGCCAUCAGCUGGUGUCUACUCGAUUUAAGGAUUGAGGGGAAGUUUUCCAUGGUUGCUGUUUGCUCAGGAUGUAUUUCCGGUUUAGUUGCAGCUACGCCUAGCUCAGGAAUGAUACCGUUGUGGGCAAGUGUUAUUUUGGGGAUUGUUGCUGGUGUUGUUUGUAACUUGUCAACUCAACUUAAGUACUUGUGCCAUGUUGAUGAUUCACUUGAUGUGUGGGCAGAGCACGGAGUAGCAGGAGUGAUUGGACUUCUCUUCAACGCAUUGCUUGGCUCAAAAACAGUCAUUGGAUAUGACAAUGUAACUGAUCAUGAGGGAGGUUGGAUUGACCACAAUUGGAAACAGUUGUAUAUUCAAAUUGCUUACAUAUUGGCUACCUUGGCGUACUCAGCCGUGGUUACUGCCAUUCUUUGCUUUGUCAUUGACCAUAUACCGGGACUUCACUUGCGUUUAUCCUACGAGGCUGAGGAAAUGGGUGUUGAUGAAGAUCAAAUUGGCGAGUUUGCUUAUGAUUAUGUAGAAGUCAGAAGAGAAUUCUUUUCGGGAUUUAAUGGUGAACACGAUACCAACCAAGAUACCAACCAAGAUACUAGCCUGGAGCAAAGAGACGAGGAAAAGCACCAACAAGUGAUUGAAGGCGUAGCUGAUUCAUCAACAAGCACAUCAGAAGAGGAGAAAAUGACCAAACAUCAACACCAUCUACAACAGCAACAUCUACAACAACAACAACAACAACAACAACAACAAACAGAAUCAGACGAUGAUCAUCAUGAUGAUAGUCAUGAAGUAAAGUCUUUCCACCCCGAUGAACAAAAGUCUACGAAGUAA